CUUUUGUGAUGCCGCAUUUGUAGUGUCCGACAAACGUCACGCGCACAGAGGACCCGGAAAAGAAGAAAAGUGAGCAUUUAACUCUUGUGACAUUUUACAAAGUGGAUGAGGAGCGACGUCACUCUUUAUGAAAAGGUCUCUGGUCACGUUCUGUUGGUUCAGCGAUGUCGAGCCGUCUGCUGGAGGUCUGUGUAGUGGUGGGAGCAUCCCCUAAGAAACUGUGGGAGGUCUGCCAGGCUGUUGACAGUCAUGGAAGUCUGGAGAAGGUCCUUUUGGAGCCAGAGGUCCUGCACGUGCUAGCACCCCCUUUUGUCAGCAGACCACAAGCUGAGCGUAAAGCAGGCAGGUCUCAUUGGAGGAGGCACCACUCCUUCUUGAGGAAGAAGAGGAAGCGACGUCCUUCAGCUGUCACAGCACCCAUACAAGACCAUUUUUCAGGUGGAGAUGCAGCAAAUGGAAGAGAAGGAAGUGAAGACAUCACAGUUCCCAAAGACAUUGACCUCAUAGCUUUGCCUCAACUCUGCUUUCCUGGUGGCCUCCAAGUGACCAAUGUAAAGAGAGAGGAUCAGUUCCACUUCCUGGUCUUCACCGACGUCUUUGGCAACAAGUCCCACGGAGUGGUGAUGCAGUGUUAUCGUCCCGUCCAGGACUGGAUGUCCUCCUGUGAAAAUGGAGGAAAGUCCAAGCUGUUUUCCGCUUAUGGUUUCUGUGUGAUAUCCAAGUAUCCAUACUUCACUGUGCUGAAAGACUGUCUGUCAUGUCUUCUAAUCAAGCUCAGAACUUGUCGUUUUUUGGAUGUUGAGGAGAAAGUAAAGGACUUUGCAGCCAAAUUGGCGCUAGUACCUAUCCCACCUCCUGGACAACUCCACUUGAUGUUUACCUUACAUCAUCUGACAAUUGAACUACCAUCCAGAGAAGACAAAGACCACCCAGCUGUAGAUUUAGACCUUCACCUACCUUUCCUCUGCUUCCGUCCACAACCUCUUCUGCAGGUGUUGUCUUGUCUCCUCCAAGAGCAAAGGGUAGUGCUCUUUUCUGCCGACUGGGCCCGGCUGACACUGGUGGCAGAGGGCUUGCUGCUUUUUCUGCAGCCUCUAUCAUGGCAGCAACCUUACGUUCCAGUGCUGGCCGAAGGAAUGCUGGACUUCCUCAUGGCACCCACCGCCUUCCUCAUGGGCUGCCAUCUCUGCCACUUUAAAGAAGUUGCGGCUGAAACAAAUGACCUGAUCCUCAUCAACAUUGAUAAUGGAAGUGUGUCUACUUCCUGUUCGGAUACUGUUGACCUGCCAGAGAUCCCCUCACUUGCAGCAGACUGCUUCACACAGAGAUAUCAGUCCUUGCAGGUCCACUUUGACUUGGACCAGUGUCUGCGUGUAAGUUGCAGCGACAUCAACGAUCAGCGCGCACAGAGACGAGUGUGGCAGCGCAAUCUGAACCAUCGCAUCCAGGGCAUCACGACUGAACUUAUUGUCAACAUAUUCAGGGAUGUUAGCAGUCACUUGAAUUAUGAACACCGAGUGUUUAAUAGUGAGGAGUUCCUGAAAAGCAGAGAGCCAGCAGAACGGCUUUUCUACAAGAAUGUUUUGGAGACACACAUCUUCCAUCGGUUCCUCAGGGACCGCCUCAACAAAAAGAUGGAUAAUUUUGCACGACUGGAACUCAGCACUCGGUCAGAAAUGCAACAGAUUAAAGCUUCAGUGGAAGUUCCACGCAGACCCACCAUGCAGGAGAUUCAAGCCCGCAGAACGAGCUCCCUCCUUGAAAACAGGCUGAUUAAUGGACAAAGAAUGAGCCUUUCCAACCUGGUCGAUGAUCAAACCCUCAACUUCCAAAGAAUCAUCAUGUUUGAUCCUGCACAGAGGAUGCCUCCCAAGCCUGUGAAGGUAUUCCAGCUCCCAGAAUUCCCAGAGACUCUGUCCUUCCAUGCCGUCCAAAGCUAUUACUGUGAGCUGAUACAGCUUCUCGGCAAGGCUAUCAACUCUGUCCAAAUUGACAACUCCAGUUUGCUUGCCAGAUACUUCUACCUGCGGGGUUUCAUCAAUCUGCUGUGCUCGCGGCGUCUUGAUGCUCUGGCCGAUUUCCAGACGCUCCACAAGACGGACACGGCCAUCUUCCCCACACAGUUGGUCACACGGCUGGUGGACUCGCUCAUGCAGGAAGAACAGCAGCAAGCCAAAAGACGGCCCGAGCUCAAAAGACUUAUCCUCAAGGUGAAGACAGAAAACGAAAAGCCAUCAGUGCAGCUUGAUGACGACAUCAAGAAGUUUGAGCUGCCCAGGAAAAAUCUAGAUCGAGAGGAGUUUGUGCGUUGCAUCCAAGAAGGGGGAAUAGUUAAAGAUGUGGCAACCAUACACCGUUUGUUUGACGCUUUCACUGUGGGCAAGUCCAAACAAGUGAACCCAGAGCUCUUCAAGAGUUUCUACACCUUCUGGAAGGAAACAGAGACUGAGGCUCAAGACGUCAACCUCCCCACCGAGGUCAUCGACCACCUGGAUCACAGCGAGUGCGUCUACAAGUUGUCGUCCUGUGUCAAGACCUCUCACGGCGUGGGUAAAAUCGGCAUGACCCAGAAGCGUCUCUUCUUGCUUCCUGAGGGGCAGCCGGGCUUCUUGGAGAUCACAAUGUUUAGAGACCUGCAGGAAGUGAAGAUCGCUUCCGCUCCUUUUCUCCUGGUUCGAAUUCCUUCUCUCCGUAUCAGAACUUCAGGCAGGCUUGAGGCGUUCGAGGCCAACCUGAAGACAGAAACUGAACUUUGGGACCUUAUGGUCAAAGAGAUGUGGGCCGGACGCAAAAUGGCCGAUCAACACAAGGACCCUCAAUACAUGACUCAGGCUCUGACCAAUGUGCUGCUGAUGGAUGCUGUGGUGGGCUGUCUGCAGACCCAAAGGUCCAUCUGUGCUGCCUCAAAGCUUGCCUAUUUUGACAAAAUCAAACAUGAAGUGCCCAUGAUGGUGCCUAAAAGUACAUCAGAGACCUUAAAACACAAAAUCAACCCAUCGUUGGACUUGGCAGAACCACAGACAGUUCAUGUGUUGCUGUACACUCCAGGUCAGUUGACAUGCAAUGACUCCAAGGAUGAGAUGAAUCCUAAGCUGUGGGUGGCCCUCAGUGGCGGCAGACUGGUCGUAUUCGACGCCGCUAGCUGGUCCAUGCUGCAGGAUUCCAUCCAGGUCGGCGAGUCACAGCUGAACUGCAUGCUGGGAUUAGUCCAUGAGCAGGUGUGGAUUGGCUCCCAGGACUCUGUCAUCUACAUCAUAGAUACUCACAGCCUCACCUGCAACAAGCAGCUGACCGAGCACAGAUAUGAGGUGACGGGACUCACGCUGGAUGCCGGAGAGCAACAAAGCAGUCUGCAGACGUACUCGUGCAGCCGCGACGGAACAAUUCUACAGUGGGACUCGUCCAGCCUAAAAGUGAAGCGACAGUUUCAGCUCAGCUGUGAGCGUCUCUCCUCCAUUCACAUUCACGGCGAUGCACUGUGGUGCUGCUGCGGUGACAGCAUAGUGGAGCUGAGAAGAAGCGGGACGCCGCAAAGAAGGUUGUUGCUGCCUGAACACCUCAGAAGUUCAUCAAGUCACUUCAGCAGCUUUAUUGUCAUCCCAGAGCAAGGUCAGCUCUGGACAGGCUUGGCCGACUCAGGUGAUCUCUAUUUGUGGCACACAGACGGCCACGAGCCUUCUUUGGAGAAGAUCUCCCUGACAGGCUGCUCAGGGAUCACCUGCAUGAUCCGAGUCAAGGACCAGAUCUGGGUAGGCUGCCGUGGAAGAAGCGGCGUCGGGGGUCAGUGUGGUUCCCAGCUGAGGGGUCAGCUGGUGGUGGUGGACCCACAGAGUCACAUGGUGUCCAAGGAGCUGCAGGCACAUUCUGACAGCAUCCAGACGCUCUGCUCCGCCGAAGAUCGCUACGUGCUCAGCGGCUCUGCGCGACGUGACGGGAAGAUCGCCGUCUGGAAAGUAGAAUAGAAGACGGAAAGGAGAAGACAGGGGAGGGAGUUGAUUUGUUUAAAUAUGGUUUCCAUGAACCUUGAAGAUCACACAUAUAGAAAGAAGAUGGGAGCAAAAAAAAGAUUAUUGCUUUGUUUUAUACCAGAAUCAUUUUUAAUUCCAUAAGUUGCCCCGGAAAUGUGCACUUUUCUACAACAAAAUUGUCUUGGUCUAAAUAUUGUUAACUAACUUUUGUUGUGUUUCGCUAAAGUAUGUUUAAAAUUAUAGUUAAAAAACAGCAUUCUUUAGUUUUAAAUUGUUAUUUAUUUACAACAUUAUACAAUAUUAUCAUUUGACACAAAAAGGCAUUAAAGCUGGUAGCUAAUGUAUUGAAGUAUGUAUACAUAAACUAACAAUGCUAAAUUAUUACACUGUAUAAGUUACAAACAUUUUUUAAAUAUGGUUUCCAUGAACCUUGAAGAUCACACAUAUAGAAAGAAGAUGGGAGCAAAAAAAAGAUGAAUGCUUUGUUUGGGUUUCACUAUGUAAAGCGCUUUGAGUCACUAGAGAAAAGCGCUAUAUAAAUAUCACUCACUUCACUUUUAUACCAGAAUCAUUUUAAUUCAAUAUGUUGCCCGGAAAUGUGCACUUUUCUACAAUAAAAUUGUCUUGGUCUAAAUAUUGUUCACUAACUUUUGUUGUGUUUCGCUAAAGUAUGUUUAAAAUUAUAGUUAAAAAACAGCAUUCUUUAGUUUUGAAUAGUUAACUAUUCACAACAUUAUACAAUAUUAUCAUUUGACACAAAAAGGCCUUAAAGCUGGUAGCUAAUGUAUUGAAGUAUUUAUACAUAAACUAACAAUGCUAAAUUAUUACACUGUAUAAGUUACAAACAUUUUUUAAAUAUGGUUUCCAUGAACCUUGAAGAUCACACAUAUAGAAAGAAGAUGGGAGCAAAAAAAAGAUGAAUGCUUUGUUUGGGUUUCACUAUGUAAAGCGCUUUGAGUCACUAGAGAAAAGCGCUAUAUAAGUAUCACUCACUUCACUUUUAUACCAGAAUAAUUUUUAAUUCAAUAUGUUGCCCAGAAAUGUGCACUUUUCUACAAUAAAAUUGUCUUGGUCUAAAUAUUGUUCACUAACUUUUGUUGUGUUUUGCCAAAGUAUUUUUUAAAUUAUAGUUACAAAACAGCAUUCUUUAGUUUUGAAUAGUUAACUAUUCACAACAUUAUACAUAAAAUAUUAUCAUUUGACACAAAAAGGCAUUAAAGCUGGUAGCUAAUGUAUUGAAGUAUUUAUACAUAAACUAACAGUGCUAAAUUAUUACAUUCUAUAAGUAAAAAAAAAUGUAAAUAUGGUUUCCAUGAACCUUGAAGAUCACACAUAUAGAAAGAAGAUGGGAGCAAAAAAAGGAUGAAUGCUUUGGGUUUCACUAUGUAAAGCACUUUGAGUCAC